AUGCCGCUCUGUCUUACCUUCAUCGACUUGAAGAAGGCCUUUGACUCAGUUGAGAUGGAAGCGGUCAUGAAAGCUUUGGACAACAAAGGCGUCUCUACUCAGUACAUAAAGAACGCAAUGCGAAAGCUGGAAUGGGACGAAAUGGGAGUGAAGGUUGACGGUCGGCAGCUACACCAUUUGCGCUUUGCUGAUGACAUUGUUCUGAUGACACCUAGCAUCAGUCAAGCGGAACGAAUGCUGACCGAAUUCGACGAAACAUGCGGAUGCAUCGGUCUUUGUCGUAGCUGA